AUGCUCGAGCAGGUCUCUACACGCUUCAAGAACGCUUCGUGGGUCAACGACACGUUCGUGCCGGACUGGGACAGCUUCAUGAACUCGACGACGUCCGUGGUCGCGCCCUUGAUCGCCGAGAAGGCGUGCGCCCUCCUCGACACCAAUAAGAACUGCUACACGGCCUCGUGGCACCUCAUUUGGCAGCAAGUGAAGCUCUGGCUGCUCAUCCAGACGCCGAUCUUUGGCGCGUCUGUGCUCUUCGAGUGGCUCGACCUCGCGCAGAACAAGCAUAUUGAGAAGAUGCGGUCGUUCUGGGACUCGUCGUUCGCCCACUCGCUCGCCUACGGCGUGCAACUCGUCGCGUCGCUCUACGCGUGCAUGUCUUGGAUUGCCCGGGCCGGUGCGCUCAGCCUCGACCCGGCCACGUGGACGAUCGAGUCGCUCCUCAUGGGUCUCUGCGCCUUCAACUACGUCCUUCGCUGGCUCGGCGCCAAGCACAAGUUUUACCACGUCGUCCGCCUCUCCAACCUCUUUGAUCUGCUCUCGAUCGCGUCGCAUUUCUCGCUGGCGACGACGCCGACGACGGGCAAGGAGCGCUACUCGUGGCUCGACCUCGCCUUUCUCCGGUCGUACAUCAUCUACUACGUUGUGCAGCAUCUCUUUGAGAGCUACAAGUCGUUCCAUGCGCAGCUCGUGGGCUUUAUGAUCAAGGCCGGCUGCCUCGUCUUCUUUGCGGCCGCCGUGCUCUACUCGCUCGAGCGCCUUGGCGAAAUCCCGGGUACCGACUCGUACUUCUUCCACGUGUACAUGUGCCCCACCCGCGCGGGCGACCUCGUGCCGAGCAACAACACGGACGGCUACGACGCCGGGCUCUGCACGGAAGCCAUGAGUCUCUUCACGUCCUUUUACUUUAUGCUCGUGACCGUCUCGACCGUCGGCUACGGCGACUUUACGCCCAAGACCGUGUGCGGCCGCGUCUCGGUGCUCUUCUUCAUUGUCACGGGCAUCUACACGUUUGCGCAAGAGACGGCGCGGCUCGUCGCUAUCUACGAGGACCAGCGCAUGGGCCGGACCAAGUACACGUUGCGCCGCAACGUCCAGCACGUCGUCGUCACCGGCAACCCGUCGGCGGUGCAGGUGAUGGAUUUCAUCCGCGAGUUCUUCCACCCGGACCACGAAGCGCUCUUCUCGACGACGACAUCGACGGCAGGCAGCCGACUGCGCCGGCCGCAGCAGUUUCACCAGCAAGCGCACGUUGUGGUGCUCAUGGAGUUCCAGGACGAAGAGAUCGAGCGCGAAGUCCAAAACACGCUGCAAGAGUACAUCCGCAGCCACCCGCAGUACCACGGCAAGGUGACCAUGCUCGCGGGAUCGCCGCUCGAGGAAGUCGACCUCAACCGGGCCAAAGUGCAUGACGCGCUCGCGGUGUUUUUCAUCCCCAACAAGUAUGCGACCAACGCCAACCAGGAAGAUGCCGCGAAUGUGCUUCGCGUCCUCUCGGUCUCGAACCACAAGGGCGCGCACACACAGCUCUUUGCGAUGCUCGUCAACUCGGAGAACCGCGUGCUUUUGGAAGCCACGGGCAUCAAGAGCGACCACCUGGUGUGCUCGGACGAAAUCAAACUCGGUUUGAUGGGCUUGAGCUGUCGCUGCAAGGGCCUCUCGACGCUCAUCUCCAACUUGAUUGGGUCCUUUGACAGCAAGAUCGCCAAUGACGACGGUGAGCCGCUCCCGCUCUGGGCGGACGAGUACGUCACGGGCGCAGGCAAAGAGAUCUACUCCAUCUACCUCAACGCACGCUACCACGGCAAGACGUUUACGGACGUCACGGUCGCGAUUUUUGAUGAGACGCAGGGGCAGGUGCUCGUGAUUGCGAUCGAGCACCACCAAGACGUGCACUGCAACCCGGGGCACACACAGCGCAUCCAACCGUCCUCCAAGGUGUAUGUCAUCGCCGACUCGAUGAAGGACCUCGUCCGCUACUCGGCGGUCGGCAACCUCUUUCGGAGUCACUCGAUGGCCGCGCUUUUGCGCGCGCGUCCCAACCUCGUGGCGCGCGCCGAGCGGGCCCGGCACAACGUCGAGAAGGCGAUUCCACAGAACGUGCGGUCGUACAUUGACCGGCUCGAGACGCUUGACGCGCCGCCGAGUCCGCCCGCCGACCUCAUCCGUGCUGGCGACCACAUCAUCAUUUGCAGCGGCGUGUCGCUCUCGGGUGGGCACUCCAUGUCGCGGCUCGUGAACUUUCUGCGGCCGCUGCGCAAGGACCACGUAACCGGACCGGUCCCCGUCGUGAUUGUGGAUCCCGCCACGUUCACGAGCAGCGCGUGGGCGCAGCUCAGCGUCUUUGGCGACGUCUACCACGUCCAAGGCUCGCCGCAAAAGCACAGCACGCUCGUGCGCGCAGGCGUGUAUAACGCAUCGGCCAUCGUCGUGCUCGACCAAGGCUCCGAAGGGAACAACGAUGACUCGAAAGCCAUCUUUAACGCGAUCCUGAUUGACGCGGCGAUCCGCGACUCGAACGUCUUCUCGAUCAUUGAGCUCAAGGACGAACACUUCAACAAGUUUCUGGACCCGCUCCACCGCAGCACCUCGUUCCACUCGGAACGCCACCUCUCGCUGGCCGCCUUGCCGAUGCUCGACGCCCCCGCGCGGCUCUCGCAGCCCGACCGGUCGUCGAUGCUGUCGGUGGCGCCGCCGCCCUCGACGCUUCUGCGCCUCCCGCACUGGUUCCAGGACCGCGUUGUGGACGCGCGCGACGGCUUGCACGUGCUUCGGAACGCCUUUACGGGCAACUACCACGAGUGCGAGGUGGCCGCCUCGUCGGAGGAUCCGCUGGCCAACAAGCAGAUGGCGGCGCUCAUGCAUCGGUUCCACAUGGAAGACAACGACACGUUCUUCCAGGAGCGCUUCAUGUGCGGCACGCUCUUCCCGGGCUACGUGGCCGACGAGCUUCUGAUCCAGAGCUUCUUCAACCCGAGCGUCAACGUCUUCAUCCAGCACGUCCUCGACGGCAAAAACGUCUUUAUGCUCUACGACGUGCCCAAGCCAUGGCGCCGCCUCCGCCUCACGUACGGCGACCUCUUCCACAAGAUGACGGCGGCGACGCGGCACGCGGUCGCGCUCCCGAUUGGUCUCUUGCGCGCGCCGUCGCACCGGAAUGGCGCGCAAAAGGAUUACGUCUACACGGCGCCGUACGCCGACGCGAUCGUCCACGCCGACGAUAAGAUCUUCGUCUUGAUCAACCAGGCUGCCAUGCACCGCGUCGCCAACACGCUCCAGCGGCGGUUCCGCGCCCGCCGCGCCACCACGGCGUAGCAUAAACCGGUCUGUUGGCUUGACUUUUUGAUUACAGAAUGUGAACAGUGU